GUGCUUCUUCUCUUUCGCAACAGCCGGCAGGAGCGUUCUGGGCUAAUCUUUAUCUUCGCUUUGCUCUUCACAACAAAUGCUUCUGAUGUGAGGCUACUUUACAGGAAGCGUGACCUCACUGGGGCUCUGUGCCGCUGAUUGCACGGGCUGUUUUCAAAAGGAAACAGGGGACUUGUCAGAGCAGCCUUUGCGAGGAGCCUGGGCUGGGCUCUCCCGGGAAGCUCCCCAGAACAGCUCCACCAGUCCCGGCUGAGGAAAAGCUCGGCACGCAUGUGUUAAUUUGGAAAUGGAUUUCCCAGGCUCAACACCACAUGAUGGAGAGCAUAGACACAACCUCUCAAGACAUAUUUUUCCAAGCUGUACUUGUGCUUUUUUGGAUGACGAUCCUGCCUAUGAGUGCUCCACAACUCCUCUGACAGGCUCCCUUCCUACAUGCCGCCGCAGCCCUCGACUGCUUUCUAAUGGUUAUUAUGUUUUGACAGAAGACAGUUUUGUUUCUGAUGAAGAGGGCAACAUAACACUGACACCAUCCCACACAAGUGUUACAUAUAAAGAGAAUUUAGUUCGUAUAUUCAGGCGAAGGAAGAAAAUCCGUCGCUCUCUUGACAGCUUGUUCAAUCUCAGUGCCUCCAGCUCAUGGCUCAGCUCCACCAUUCCCAGCAGGAUGGAUUUCUCCCUUGUAGAGGAUCCUUGGCCUGAUGGAUGCAGUAAACUAGAAGCCAGUCACAGUGAUAGUGGUGAUUCAGACUUUUCUUCUGAAUGUAAUAACCAUGUGUCACAAAGGCAAAUUCCAGCACCUAAUGGAUCAUUUCUCACCAAAGAUGAUGAGUUUCUUCAUUUUGAGGAACCAUUUUGUGCUUCAAAACCCUGCUCUUUUACGAUAAAUGCAAAUGAAGAGACCUGGAGCAAUGCAGAAUCCAGGACAGUGCAAAAUGUCAUUUCUCAGAUGGUUGCACUGAUCAUGUGCUUAAUCAUUUCAGUAUGUACAAGAUAUUUUCUGGGAGGACUGUCUGCCACUUUGUUGCUGAUCAUUUUAGUUUUUCUUUUGUCCCAAGAUGCUUCUGUGUCAACUUUCUUCAGUCUCGAUGCAUUUUUCAAAACAACUAAGUUUUGAAAACAAUAAUAAAGAACAAUUGCUCUUCAGCAUAGAACUCCUGGAUACCUCCUUAUGGCUGUGGAUACAUGUUCCUGUGAGAAAAAAAAAAACCCAACAGAUUUUGAUAGUAUUCUUCCUCUAAAACACAAUUAAUUUUAGGUUUAUUUUUCUUCUGGUCAAAUAUGAGUGAAGCCUUAGUUCUUGAUGACUACCUGAAAGAAAUCAUGCAAAGAAGUGUUGCACCUGUAGUAUCUUGUCUCAAUAAUAAAAAAUGUUUUGUAAUUCCUGUGAAAUAUUUUUUAAAUAAAAACAAUGCUAUCCCAUAUUUUAUAUAUUAAUUUCUUGUUAUCAUGCUAUCCAAUAUAGUGGAUUUGGAUAGUGGCUUAGUAUAUGUGCUAUGAUAUAUUAUGUAAUUAAAACAGUAUUUAUAAUACUCAUCUCAUAUUUACUUACAGUUAAUGCACUUGAAUAAUACUGUAAGUAUUAAAUAAUUCCUCUUUAUUUAAAGCACAAAGAUAACUGAGAGCAAAUAGCACUAGGUAAAACAUGUAAAUAGUUUGUUAUCUAUUUUAUGACUAUCAUAAAAGGUCCAUUACUAAAAUCACUUUUAAAACUAAAGGAUUAUAAAGAUCUUUAGUAUUUAAAUAAUCUCUUGAAAUAAUAAUCUGUAAAGUUAAAUCCCAUUCUGAGAGAAAAGUCUAAGACCACAAUUACCCGCAGUUAACAAAGCAAUUAUGCUGAAAACUAGAAGAGUUCACUUUAAACUCGUUAGUUCACUGUAAACUAUCAAAGAAAAAUCUGAUUGAGAUUGAAAAAAAAAAAGGUCUACAAUAAAUUCCUAUAAUUUGUCUAUUAAUAAAUAUAAACUGUAAAUUGGAAUUGUUCUGAGCUGGAGAGAGGGAACUCCUGAGACAAUUUCUCAAUUGUUCAAGGAGUUCUAGGGCUAAAAAUAAAAUGCUCAGGAUGUUAAGAUCUGCCUUCCCUGAUAUUCACUGAUGUUGAAUUAACAAAGUUCUAGUCAAUUAUCAGACUGAUUGGCUUUGGCAGUUCCCUUCCAUAUAUUCCUAUGGACAUAAAAAUAUGCCUCAUCUUUUUUCUCUGAAAAGAGGCACAAUCAUAUGUUUCUUCCUGUUGGACGAAAAAUUGAAGCCAGGAUUUUUCUGAUGUAAAACUGAAAAAAAUUUCCAACCUAAAUGUGUAAAUUCAGAGGUAAUGAGUAUUUGCAAUUUCUAUUAACUACACUAUCAAGCCUAGGAUAACUGUGGAAUAUAAUUCUCUCACAGUAAAACCACUUAUUGAUUAGUGAUUAACUGACACAUAUACAGACAGAGAAAAGAACUAGAAUUUUAUGGGUUUUUUGUCUCCAGUAAUUAAAUGUUUAUUUCAUAUAGCACCUUAUUUAGAGAAAGAAAAUCAAAUAGAAGUGCUGUGAUGUAGAUUUAUAAACCCUUGUGUAUUUUUUCAUACAAUUUAUUGUUUUUUUUAAUAGAUAUGAUCUUUAUAAUUACACCUUGUCCUAUAUUCUCUUACUUCAGAUGUGUUCAGCUGAAUUUCAGAGUCAUUCCUGAGAAUAUGUCAUGUAGUGCUUUACAGGGGAAAUGUUCAUGUGGAAGAUGGUAAUAUUGGUGCCAUUACUUUAUUUUAAAUGUUCCUGGUCUGUGAACAAGUCUUGUUUGUAGUUAUCCUGAAAGCAUUACUCAUAGAAGCCAAAGCAUAGAAAGAUUAACAUCUUUAAUUUAAGUUAUAUGGAAUAAACAACACGGUACGGAAUACAGGUCGUGACCACGUAGUCCAGUUCUGCAAAAACUGCUUUUUGAUGUAUAUUUUUAUGAAUUGUUUGCACUAUUUUAUAAAAAUCUUUGCAUGUUUUAUAUACACUGAACAAAACAGUUACUUCUUUUA